AUGAGUUACUUCCAAGGAAAUGAUAUGAAUACCUCUUCAGGUUUCUACCAGCCAUCCAGUCAAUUCAAUUUCCCUCAGGGUUCUAUGUCUUUCCAAUCUGGUGGCAAUAACAGCGGUGAUUCCAAUGCUAUGGGUGUAGCACCUGACCCGCUUCCUGCUGGGUUGUUUAAUGCACUUUCCACAAAGGGUUAUCCACACGAGCCUCCACUAUUGGAAGAGAUAGGUAUUAACUUUGAUCACAUCUUCAAGAAGACAAUGUACGUCUUGAGACCUACCAUGUCUAGCGCCAUGCUGUCACAUGAGAUUCUAAAUGAUUCAGACUUGGCAGGCCCAGUUAUAUUCUUCAUGCUAUUUGGUCUAUUUUUACUGAUGGCUGGUAAGGUCCACUUCGGUUACAUCUACGGGGUAGCUUUGUUCGGUACAAUCUCUUUACACACACUAUCAAAACAAAUGGCCACAUCCAGCUCACAACAACAACAGCCUUCCUCACUACAUUUCUUCAACACAGCUUCCAUCCUGGGCUACUGUUUCUUACCACUGUGUUUCCUAUCUUUCAUCGGUGUAUUCCACUCCCUGGAUAACAGAAUAGGGCAUCUAACCGGUGCUUUGUUCGUGAUAUGGAGUACCUGGUCCUCUUCUGGUUUCCUAAAUAACCUGCUACAACUACAAAACGCAAGAACUUUGAUAGCAUACCCACUACUGAUUUUCUACAGCGUCUUCGCAUUAAUGGCUAUCUUCGUUUGA